UAUUAUAUAUAUGAAUAUUUAUACACGAACGAAAAUUUUAAUCCGGAUUCAACUUACGCGAACGACAAUUUAAUCCGGAUUCAACUUACGCGAACGGCAGCGAAGCCAAAGCCUCGUCUCCUUCAACAUCAAUAGAAUUUUUUUUUCUUUUAGUAAAUUAUUCGUUUUUCCGAGAGGAUUUAAGGAGGAGAGAAAGAGGUUAGGAGAUAAGGAAUUAAGUAAGAUAACUAAAAUAAGGUGAUAAUGAGUUUCCUCGGUGACGGGAUGCCUUCAGCCAUACUCACAGGCAAGGAAAUAGUCGGCAUUGGAGUCGGCGUCAAAGAAGAGCUCAGCGAAGAUGUCACCGAAGAUACAUGCCUGGAAAUUAAAGAGGAGCUGCUUGAAUAUGGAGAUGAAGCGAGAAAUUAUGUUUGUAAUAUGAAUAUGAUACAUGAAAGUCGUUUCUUACAUAACCUUCCUGAUCUAAGACAUGAAGCAAAUGCAAAAGACUUGUGUAACUUGGUUCAGGAUUGUAAUGACAUGUCAAAAGUGUCAUUUGGGGCUAAGGACUGUGGAAAGAAGUAUUCAUCAGAUAGGGCUCAAAUGAUGUACAAGGAAAGACUGAAGGAGAGUACACAACUGAAAGUGGAAUCCACAAGGAAAUAUUUUGCAUGUGAGGUGUGUGGCAGGGAAUUGUGUCAAGAAAAUCACGUCAGCAUUCACAUGAGAGGCCACACAAAGGAGAAGCUAUACAACUGGGAGAUUUGCAAUAAGACAUUCCCAUCCAAAAGUGAUCCAGAAAAGCACGUUGACAUACAUAGAAUGGGGAAGCCAUACAACUGUGGUAUUUGCAAUACGGCCUUCCCAUAUGAAUCUAGUUUUUUUAAUCAUAUGAUAAUACAUACAGAGGAGAAACCAUAUAGCUAUGGACUAUGCAACAAGGCCAUCUCACAGAAACAUAAUCUGGUGAAGAACAUGAAAGUGCAUACAAAGAAGAAAUCUUACAGUAAGACAUUUUCUGAGAGAAGUUACCAUGUACAGCACAUUAGAGUACAUACAAAAGAGAAGCCAUACAACUGCGAGAUUUGUAACAAAGCAUUCACAUGGAAACGUAGUCUGCAAAUUUUAUGUGGCAAUUCAUAUGAGAGUACAUACAAAGGAGAGACCAUACGAAUGUGA